UGAGUCACACAGUUGAGGAGCGAAGGUCGUUCGUGGCGGUUCGUCUAAAACGGUUUCCAAUACACAAAAAAAAAUAAAAAAAAAACAAACGUUGUUAACUAAAACAAAUAAGAAUCGAACGGUAUUUUUAAUUGCAUGCAUACUGUGUAAUUAAAUUGGGUGAUGUACUGUUAUACAAAGUUUAUUAAUUGCUUCAAGAAUAGCAAGUGAAAGUGCCAGCUGUGCUGUGUGCUAAAAAUCUUAUCAAAGUCAAAUUUGUAAUCUGAAGCAUAUCAAAAAAUAAAUGCAACAGAAUAUUGAGGAAAAGUAACUAUUUCUGUGGUGCAUUCAUGGACGAGUUACUGUGUACUCAUAACGGCAAACAAUUUUCGCUCCGCUAGUCUACAUUUUCCGCGCGCCCUUUUACAUAACCUAAUUCAUGUGCAUGCAUCAAGAAUUCUCUAUGCCUAUGCAGCCGAUAUUUUUUACUAACAUACAUAUAAAUCGCAUUUUGUAAUACAACACCAAUGCCUUUUUAAUUUCGUGAGCUGCAAACGUCUGUGCUACGGCUAAGUGCAAGCUAUUUGUAUUUUAUUUGCUUUCAAAAAAGUAUUUAAACUCGUCGCACCGCUUCAACUGUGACUUUGUCAAUAACGAUUUUCCACAAAUCUCAGUUACAAGUGAAUGCAAGUAAUUAUAUUUACUGGUACGACCAGUUUGCAUUUCACAUAUACAUACACCAACAAGAGGUACGAAAAAAAAAAAUUAUAAAAUUACAACAGCAGCAAUAAGAUGGCAAUGAUAAGUGCAGAGAUACCGGUAAAUCAUCUCAAUGGCGGUGGCGGCGCAAGAUUCGGGGUCCCAACAAUGCUUUCCGAAGUUUCCGAACUGCCCUCGGUGCAAUUGGGCGAAUUCACAUUACAAUUCGAAUUGGGCGAAGCAACAGAACGUGCCAAGGAAGUUGCCAUAAAAGAAUUGCGUGAAACACCAGAUGUCAAAGAUGUGGCUGUAAAAGAAUUGAGCCGAUUAAUGGAAGCUGAGACAGACCUACGCUACCCUAAGGACAACGAGGAAUGGUUGGUACGCUUUUUACGCCCCUGCAAAUUCUAUCCAGAAAGUGCGCGCGAUUUGAUCAAACGCUACUACGCCUUUAAGCUGAAGCACGCAAAUGUAUACGAUGGUCUGGUGCCCAGUAGAGAAGCCAACAUUUUCAAACACAACAUACUUACAGUCUUUCCGAAUCGCGAUCAAUGUGGACGUCGCAUUUUGUUGCUCGAGUUGGGCAAACGUUGGAAGCACAAGGAAGUCACGCUCGAUGAGGUCUUCAAAGGUGCCGUCCUCUUCCUUGAGGCGGCUAUGUUGGAACCAGAAACGCAAAUCUGUGGCGCCAUUGUUAUAUUCGACAUGGACGGUCUGAGUUUACAACAAACAUGGCAAUUUACGCCACCAUUCGCUAAACGUAUUGUCGACUGGCUGCAAGAUUCAGUGCCACUGCGAGUCAAGGCCAUACACAUCGUGAAUCAACCGAAGAUUUUCAAUGUAGUCUUUGCGCUCUUCAAGCCUUUCCUACGUGAGAAAUUACGUUCGCGUAUCUAUUUCCACGGCACCGAUCGUGAAUCGUUGCACAAACACAUCUCGCCGAAAUGCUUGCCAGCCAACUAUGGUGGCGACUUGGAGUUACAGCGCAUCGAUGGUGGUCAAUGGUAUGAGUUGUUGUUGCUGUGCGACAAGGAGUAUGUGGCGAUAAAUUCAUAUGGGUACAAGAAGUGAGUGAAUGCGGAGGGAAAGAAGAAAAUAUAACGGCAGCAGAAUUGUUAAUAUGUAGUUAUUUAUGUAGUUAAAACUCCUUUUGGCCUUAACUUGAAGUUGUAAAGAUAAUUUUGUAUAUUUUUUUUUUAUUGAAAUUUUACCAAUUUUUAAAUAUAAGUAUGCGGUAUAAAAAGAAUUACAAAACAGCACCACUGAGAAGAAACAUAUGUAUGUAACUAUAAAUUUGAAAAUAAUUUCAUAUUUAGUGAAAUUAAGUUAUGGGCCAUAACAUAAAUUUGCAUUCGUAAAAAAGGCCUUAAAAUACAGGAAAAAGCAGCUCAAAUAAAAAAGUUGAAAUAUG